GGCGCUUCCGUGGAAGAGCGAGUGAAUCCACGUGACAAGACCGGUCACGUCAGGGGUGACUUCUUAAGCUCGCGAAGACCAGCAACCCGACACAGAAGAAAGAACUCACUUAAGCCAGCAGGACCCGCAGUGCUACAUCAGGAAGCCAAACAGUCCUAGAAGUUGCCCGGUGAAAAGACGCGCUCCGUUUCCAGCCUGCAUCACCUGGUCGUCAUGUUCAUUAAUGAGGAGCUCGAGUGUGCGGUGUGCUGCUAUGAGUACUCACGCAGCAGGAGGAUCCCCCGCGUCCUCCACUGCAAGCACACCUUCUGCGCUCCCUGCCUGGAGAAACUGUGCAAGACGGACGGCAUCGUCUGCAGGGUCUCCUGCCCUCUGUGCCGCUGGAUUACCUGCACCCAAGCCAGCCUGACCCUGUCCGGGGCCCUGUGGGUCAACACGGAGAUAUGGGACCAGAUUACCGAGGAGGAGCGGGACGGGUCGGAGGAGGAUUUGAAUAACAGACAGAGGCAGCUCAUCAGCUCCACUUCUUACUCGAGACAGUCUGGUUUCGUGCCUGCUCUUCAAAAACUGUUCAGCUGCGUGCUGCUGCCGGCACACGGGAUGGGCGCCUGUUGACUGUAAAACAACCGGAGAAAUCACUACGACAUCUCCCUUUUUCAUCACUAUUUAACGCGACACACCCGGUUAAUGUGACACCCACAGCGCAGGACUCCAUGCGGUUUGCAGGCUCACAUGGACGGACUGCGCCUCGGUCACCUUUUUGCUGGUUGAGGGGCUGAGGCCUUGAACGGCUUUGUGUGAGGCUCUGCUGUCUGUGUUUAAGGCUCCUGUUGGUUUCAUCUGAGGGGGGAAAGACCCGCACUGACUUGAAAGUGAACAAGUUGUGAUCUGUGAAUAAAAUACUGCAGCCUUUAGAUAGCAGCUUACUGUGAAAUAUCAAGUCUGCGCAGAGCCCAUUGGGAUUCGGCGCGCACGGUUCUCAGGGCGCAGUACUUUUGUAUAUAUAUUUGUAUAUAAUGUAAAGUAUUCUCAAAUAAUUUAUGAUUGCGUGUGUAUAUGUCAUGAUGAUCACUGAUGUGAAGGAUUCUUAACUGCAGAGUUAUUGUAAAUUCUAACACAAGUGAAUGCGAAUUUCAGCACCGCGCAGAAAAAAAAAUUGAAUCAGUUUAUCUGAAUGGUGAUAUGAACUCGAGAAAUUAUUUUAAAAAUCAAAAUUGUCCCACAACUGCUUGAAAAGCAAGAAAACCUGCACAAUUUUUUUUAUAUUUUUCUAGAGAAAACCACAGCGAAAACACUAAAUAAUUAAAUAAGUAAAUAAAAAGUUCAACUACAUGUAGUUUAUAUUCAAUAUAAUUUUAAAUUUUGCAUUAUUUCAGUAUUUAAACAUGACCCUGCCUGUAAUUGUCUUUCUUGCUGUUUUUGUGUUCUGGAGCUGCUUAAAUGUGAUCUUUGAAACGUUGGAUAUUAAAUAUCAAGUCACAGUUAA